UGCUUGUGUAACUAAUAGAGCAUCAGUGUCACGGAUGUUAAACUAAGGCAAAGUUUGUGGUUUAAUCUCUGUGACGUCUGCUGGGAUUUUAAAGGUUGAUCAUGGAGUCGCUGAUCAGCUGGGAGUCAGAACGUGCAGAGUUAAAGGCAGAGUUAUCCAAGCUGGAGGAAGAGCUGGCUGAGAGACGAGCAGAGACAGAGGAGCUUCGAUCUCGAUCAAAUGUGCUGACUGAACGGUUGUCACAGACACUGGACUCUUCCAUAUCUCUUUGUUGGGAAAGUGAGCAGAGAGAAUCGAGAAAGAAACUGAGAGAGGGAAAAGAGCGAGAAUCAAGACAGGCUUUGCUCAUCCAGAAACUGCAGCAAAAGGUGAAGGAGUACAGGACUCGCUGUGAACAGCUGCAGCAUCACUUGAUGGCAGAGGAGAGAGAAAUGAGAGUCAGAGAGAGGAUUUUGCAAGAUGAGCGCAGCAAUAAUCUGGAGACGACUCUCAUCAGGCUGGAGGAGGAACAGCAGAGGAGUGUAACACUGGUUGAAGUCAAUGCAUUGUUGCGUAGUCAGCUCAGCCAAUCAGUAGAAGCAAACCAAGCACAGCAGGAUGACUUGAAGAAACUGACUGCUGAUUGGUCCAAAGCAGUGGAGGAAGCCGGGCAAAAAGAAAUGGAUUGGAGCAAAGAGAAAGAAGUUCUCUCCAGGUAUUUAGAAGCAGAGCGCUCAAGAUUAAUGUCGCUCUGGAGCACAGUCGUAGGUCUCAGACGCCAGUGUCACGCGGUCAAAAUUGCAACAGACAAAGACUUAUGGGAAUUGAGAGCAGAAUUCACUCGCAUGUCAUCUACUUUUCUUUCUUUGAAUGUCCUUCCUGCUCUUUCUAUUCAUUCUCCUCCUCCUCCUCCUCCUCCUCCUCCUCCUCCUCUCAACACUUCUGGACCGAUGACUCUGGCUGAAUUAGGUCAUGAUGUGAACACAGAGAAGCUCAAAAGCAGGAUUGACGAGUUGACCGUCAUUAUAAAGUCUCAGGAACUAGAGAGACAGAGGCAGGAGGAGGUAAUGAAGAACAGCAUAAAAAAAGAGGAAAAAGAGCGAGAGCUGCAACAGGAGAAAUGCAGAGAAAUGGAAAGGCAACUAGAAUCAGUUACACAGGCUCUCAGAAAACUGUACAGGUUUCUGGGUUCUCAAAGGUCAGAUGGUCACAAAAAACUUUUUCCCGACUUUGAUGUGGUCAGUGAUGAUCUCCAUUCGGUCCUGUGGGUUAUCUCUGAGAUUGAGAGCGCCUUCCUGUGGGGACACAAAGAACUGCAGGAAGCUGAAGGAAAAAGUCGCAGGCUGAGGAUGGAGACAGAAUCACUGCAGCAGCAAGUGACAGAGCUUAAAAAUGAGAAGGAAGAUCUACAGAAACAAGACAGUUUGGAGGCGCUAGAGUUAAAGCAGACACAGAGUCUACUGAACAGUGAGAAAGAAAGAGCAUUGAGCUUAAAAAAACAGCUGGACGAAUCUGAACGCAGAAGUGAAGAAUUGAAGAAAGAAAAUGUACGUUUGAUACAGCAGAGAGAGAGGGAGGAUGAGGAGAGGAAUGGAAUAGAAAGAGAGCGACAGAGACGAAUGGAGACAGAGCUUGUGGAAAAUGCCCACUUGUGUGAGCAACAGAGCCGCACUCGUAUAGAGCUACAUACCCUGAAGGUGGCUCUGGAGCAAGAGAGAGAAGGAAAGGCAACCGCAGAGAAAGAGUUAGCAGACACCAGGAACUCUUUAGCCAAGGCACGUGAGUCUCUGUUGUCUCUCUCCUCUACACACACUUUGCUGCAAAGGGAAAAUGCAGAUACCUGUGAUUCUUUGGAGAAAAUGGCCACCUUGAACGAGUCGUUGACACGGGAUAAAAGAGAGCUCAGCGCUCGAAAUCUUCAGCUGGAGGAGGAGGUGACUGAAUGUCAGCUGCAGCUACAGCAUUUAAGAUCCGAUGUAGCAUCUCUGAAGAAGGAGCUGAAUGCUGUUUCAGAGGAAAACACAGAGUUAAGGGCUUUGCGAAAUGCAGAUUUGGACUCUCUUCACUUGAUCAGAGUGAGGGAAAGAGAAAUGGAGGGAGAACUGCAGAUUCUGAGAGAGGAAAGCGGGAGACAAUCUAAUGCUCUCAGUGAUGAGAAAAUGAAAAAUGAGCAGUUGUCUGAAAAGCACAGAAUUGUAUGCAUGGAGUUGCGUGAUGUGACAGUGAAGUUGGAUAAAGAGCUGGACCAAGAGACGAGAGCACAAAGAGAGAGAAAUGAGCUGCAGAGAGAAAAAGAGAGACUGGAGGAACAAGUGCACAAGAUCGGGCAAGAGAAGGAGGAAAUAAAACAGGACAGAGAGGAUCUCAGGAAUUUGAGUGGUAGCCUCCAACAGCAGCUGUGUGUGGCAAAGGAGCAGAUUUCUGCACUUGAGGUUCAGCAUACACAACUGCAGAUGCAGGUUUACACACUUCAGCAGGCCAAAGAUGUUUUACAUGGAGAGAUAAAGUGUCUUCAGUCUGAGUUGGAGAGACACUCACUCCUGAGGGAGGAAGAGAGAAGAGGAGCAAUUGAAGAAAAGAUGCAGCACGAAAAAGAGAUCAGAGACUGGCAGCUGGACAUCAGGAGGUUGACUGCUGAAGCCCAAGCAUCAUUGAACAACAACAGAAUACAUGAGGAAGACAGAGAAAAGUGGCAAAGAGAAAGAGAGGCUCUGAACUCUGAGCUGGGAUUAAAGGAUGGGGAGAUGGGGGCUCUAAAAAAUAGGAUGAAUGGAUUAGUGAAAGAAAAUGAAAAGCUUUCGGUCCUUAUUGGUGAAAAAGAUGGAGAUAUGGAGAAACUCUUCUCAGAAAUCAGGAGUCUGGAGCUGCAGAUGCAAGAAGCCAAAGCUGAGAUGGAACAAUGGAGGGAGAGAGUAACAGAUAUUGAACAAGAGAAGGAGGGACUUUUGGAAAGAGUGAAACAAGACUGUGAAAAUCUGAAAAUAAGAGAAAUAGAGAAUGCUGAGAUGGCUGACAUUUUAAAGAUGAAGGAUGUUGAGAUAGAAAAGAACAGUAAACAUAUAGAAGACUUGGUAGAGAACUUAAGAUUACAGGACAUCUCAUUGGAAAAACUAAAAACAGAGCUUAAAGAAAAAGAUAUUGGAAUGUCUGCUAUAAUAAACAAUCAGAAAAUAAAGGAAACAGAAAGGGAGGCAGAGGAGAGGCAAAAAGAACUGACGCUGAAAGGAGAGCUAAAAAAGAAAGAAAAUGAAUUGGAAAGACUCAAAGGCAAUGUGGAAGAACUGAAUAUGGAGAUACAACACAUGUCUCAUCUUCUGCAGGAAAAGGAUUCUUACCUUGAAAAGAUUAAGAAAAAAGUGGAAGAUCUGGAACAAACAGACAGAGAAACACAGGAUGAGAUGGAGUGGUGGAAGAAAAGGGCUGGUGAUGUGGCGAGAGAAAAAGAAGUGCUAAUAGAAAGAGUGGAAAAACAUGUUUCUGUUGAACAAGAGAGGGAUGAAUUGGAAGACCGACUCAUAGAAAGAGACAAAGAGAUAAAAAUAUUGAAGACAAAUGAACAAGAUACAGUGAGUGACAUAGAGAAAAUGAAGGAGGAGCAGAGAGAACAAGAGGAAGAGCUGAAGCGGAGUGAUCGAGAGCUAGAAGAACUUAGAAGUACAGUAGUAAAUUUGAUAAAAGAGAAAAACGAGCAGGAAAAAUGGAAAAUGCAGCUGGAGCAAUUGAAAAAAGAAAAGACGAGUCUUGAGGAAAAGAGAAAUCAACUGGAGGAAAGCGAGAAAAAUAUGAGGGAAGAGAUUAGUGUGCUUAAAGUAAAGAUUUGUGAGCUGGAUAGAGAAAAGAGAGAAGUCGAAAGGAAAGUGCUAGAGCAAAGAGAUCAAGCCCAAAUCCAGAUUGUUCUUCUGAAAGACAGAGAGGGAGCUGUAGACAGACUGAGAGAGACUCUAGAACAAAAAGAAAAGCAGGAAAAUGAGGAACUGGUGACAUUAAAAGAAAAAUUGAAGGAAACAGAAUUGGCCCAAGAAAAACAAAGAAAUACCCAGAAGGAAUAUGAUCAAAAACUCCAGGUGGUUAGAGAUACAUUAGAGCAAGUGGAAAGAAAAGUGAAAGAACUGGAAACUAAAAACAAAAAUUUGACCCAAGAGGCAGACGUGGCAAGAAAGAAUCUUGUAGAACAGUUGAGAGAAUUGGAGAUGAAGUCAAGGCUUCUGCAAGAAUCUGAAGAAAAUAUAAAGGAGUUAAAGUUAACAGUGGGGAGUGGGGAAAAUGAAAAGGAACAUCUGAAGAGGACUCUUAAGGACCUCACUGAACUGAGAGAAAGAAAAAAAGAGGAAGAACAGUUGAGAUUGAAGCUUGAGCAACAAAUUCUAGAUCUGGGAGAAGACUUAAAGAGGAAAAAUGGAGCCAUUGAUGCUUUGAAGGAGAAAACAGAUUUAAUUAUAAAGCAAAAAGAAGAUGAGCUAAAAGAAGCAAAAAAAAUUAAAGAUGCAGUUUUAACAGAGAUGACAAAGCUAAGAGAAGAAUUAUCUGUGCUUUCUGGGAGGAAAGAGAAGGCAGAAACAAUGCUGAAGGAACUGAAUAUAGAGAAUAAAAAGUUAAAAGAUGGACUAACAGAUGGAUUGAGAGAGAUGGUCACACUGAAGGAGCUCCUAGAGGAGAGCCAUUCUGAAGGAAAACACCUCAGGAAGAUUUUGGAGGAGAAAAAGAAGGAGAUGAUAAAGGUUAGAAAUGAGGAAGUGAGAGCAGCACGAGAAGAAACAGAAGAUCUAAAACUCAGAGUUCAGAUACUACAGAAGGAGAAUCAAGAACUUCAGGCCCAGUUGUGGAUCAGGGAAGAAAAUGACAUUAAGAUGAACUGGGAAGUUAAAGAAAUAAAGAAAAUGGAGCUUGAAACGCACGAGACGCUGAAGAUGACACUGGGGGAAGAUGUAAAAGAUAAAAAUGGUCAACUAAAAAAACAUGAGAUGAUGAAAGAUGAGAAAAAUAAUAGACAAAAUCAGUUGAAGGACAAUAGUUUUGAACACAUUAGUGAGAAAUUAAAAGAGGAGGAGCAAGAAACCCCAGUGUUGAGAAGUAAAGCUAAAAAGAAAAAUACAAGCUUUGUACUUGUCAAAGAUGAACUGGAACAGAAUAGGGAAACUGGGGCAAAUGAAGAGAUAAAACAUAGAGAAAAAGAAUGCGAUAAAACAAUUGUAUUUGCUACUGACAUUCAUCCUAAAGGGGAAUCGGAGCUGAAAAUAACUCCAGAGGUUAAAGAAAAUGCAAGGCAUCUGUUAGGGGAACUUGGUGAUGCACAAAUGAAGACAAAUCUGGAGAAAAACAUACCUGAAGAGAAGAUACACUGCCAGUUUCAAGAAAGUUUUACAAUCGUAAAUGCACAAACAAAACGAGUCUCAGAGAAAUCACAGAGUUGGACUGAAACAACACAGAAUACACAAUUACAAGAAGAGGUUUAUGAUUUAAAGAAGGAAGCAGAUGAGCUCAGGAAAGACCGAGAUCGUAUAAGAACAGCACUGGAAAAAAAUGAAGCAAUGCUAAUUCGUUAUCAAGAAAAAGCACAUCAGCUGGAGAAAAAGGUGCAGAUAAUGAGCAGCUCUGAAGAGGAAUCACAGGAGCGUGUGCGUACCAUGCAAAGAGCUGUGGCUGAGCUGGAACUGAAGCUAAUGAAAUUACAACAAAGAAAUGAACGUCUGGAACAUCGCAUUGAGAAAUUGAGAUUAGACAAAACGAACCUACGAGACACUUUAAAGCAGGUUGAGCUGGAAAGGGAGAAAUUGAGAUGUCAGAUGUCACAGUCAAAUGCAGAAAUGCAGGAUCUCAGCAAUUCUUCUGGAGCUGAUGAGUUGAAGUGUCUGAGAGCUCGGGCAAGUGAACUGACUGCAGAGGUUCACCAGUUACGUCUGCUGCUGGCUUCAGAUCAUCAGGAACGGGCAGACUUUAUUGACCAGUCCUUAAGGAAUAGUAAUUCGUUGCAGACCCUGAGGCAGGACCUGAAUGACUCUCUUACACUGGUGUCUAAGCAGCUUGCCCCUACCGUUUUGGAGUGUGAAACACAAAGACUGGACAGGAGCAUAAGAGGAGAGCAGCUCAGGAUUUUGCUCAGUCACAGCUAAUAAUAAUGAGAUUUCCUAAUUUGCACAUUUAAUAAAGUCCUUUUCAGAUAGCUACAGUGCCUUACAUAAACCUUAAAGUUUUCCACAUUUUUGAGUGUUACUACCUGGAACUGAAAUCAGCUUAAUGAUGUGAAUAAAAAAAAAAAAACUACUAAUAUUUUUGAAGCAAAUCAAUAUAGUUUGCUAAAAUUAUUAAUAUUAUACAUAAAAUAUUAUGCUUUUAUUAUUAUUAUUAUUAUUAUUAUUAUUAUUAUUAUUAUUAUUAUUAUUAUAUUUAAUGGCAUAAAUGUUCACUUCUUUUGCUGUGAAACCACUACAUUAUGUUUAUUGGAACCAUUUGUCAUUAGAAGUCGGAUUUGACCUGUGUGCAAAUGAAAUGUCACAAGUGCAUAGUGUGCAACUUGGUACAAACAGUGCAUGACAAAAGACAGUGCAUACAGACAAUAUGAUACACUACAAGACAGCUACAUAAAAGAGUGCCAACCAGUGUUUUUGUAAACAUGUACACUUGUGCAUAUGUACAUAUUUACA